GUUAGCGAACAGUAUUAAAGGACGACAGGGUCGUCAGCACGGCUCUAGAGAAGCUAUCAUCAAACAAACAAUGGAGCGAGAGAGAGCUCAGUAUGAAGGCAAUGGCUUUGAAAUCCCUGAUAUCAUCAACUCUAAGCAUCUGAAAAUAUUCAGAGAGUGGACCGGUGACCUCAAGAAACUCCCCAACAUUAAGAUGAGAAAUGUUUCAGCCAAAGGCUCUGAUAGCACCGUGUCUGCAGUUUCACAAGAUAAACACGUGGAAGAAGAGAAUAAGGAAGAUGCAUCUCGGAAUUCUGAUACAGAGCUAUAGUAAUCCUGCAGCUCUACUACAGUUUACUGUAGAGGAAUGGACAUCAUGCUGUGUAAGCACAGAAAGAGCAAGACGUUGCUUUGUGUUACUAGUGCUUCCUAAUGGUAACCAGAGUGUACUGAGCCUCUUGCAAAAAUAUGUUGUUGUGAGGAAGGGUGUUACUUAGUCACUCAGGUAACAGUAUCAUUAGUUCAUAAAUAAACAGAGACUUUGAAACCGUUUGAGACAUUCACUGGUUUAUUGCACGGACUGAUUUUUGCAUGUUUCUUUUAUAAUGUGCAUUAGUUAGUUGUGAACAUCUCAUGAUCCUGGCUUGGCCCUAUGUGUGUUUGUUUUAUAAUUAUUUUAAUAUAUCAAGAUCACCACUGCAGAAAAUUACAAUACAAAACAUUUUUUACAAUUUGCUGAAUUCUUUCUGAAUAACACUCGGCAAAACACGAUCGCCUCCAAACCUGCAUAUUAAAUCUGUCUUACAAAUAACUAAACACUAUUCUCCACAAACCCUUCAAAACAUACCUCCUCAAAAGCUGCAUACGUUUUUAAAAAGAAAAUAAAAAUAGAUCCUGUGCUUAAUGCCAUCCUGGUUACCAUAGUUACCCCUUUAUUUUAGACCGAUAAACAUGGCAAAAGGUUAUUGUGUGAAUUUUUUAAAAAACAAGAUAAAGCAAGAAAUGGGUAACACUUUGUUUUUGUUACACAUACUUACUAUAGUAAUAACAGUAAUUUAUUGAUAAUAAAGUAAUGAAAUUAAAUUAUUAAUAGGUAUAUUAAAAUAUAAGAACACCUUAAAAUAAAGUGUAUCCCAAGAAAGUUUGUCUCAUAUCACCUUAUCACUGAAUUGCUUUUAUCCACUGCAUUCUUAUUACAGCUUUUUUUAUUCAGUUGACUUUUUUGAAGACUAAUGACAAUAAUGUGUAUGUUUUCUUGUGUGUGUGUGUGUAUAUAUAACAGAAAAAAAUACACAUUUAAGUAAUUGUGUUAAAAAGAUUGAAGAAUACAAGCUAUUUAUCCAUGUAAAUGUAUCUUGUAUCUUUGGUUUUUUGAAGACUUUAAAUUAAUUUAAUUAUAUUUCUUUGUAAGGACAGUUGAGGAGAGAGCCAAAGCUCUAGAGCAGGUCAAACUCAAUUCCUGGAGGUCCGGAGCCCUGCAGAGU